ACUACGGUCUGCUCUCUUAAAAAUCGCCUGCCAUUCGUUUCAUAAUUGUCUGAUCAGCGCAUAUUUUCCCGGCGCUGCGUCGUUUGUUUAAUUAAUUAUUUUUUCUUUUACUGGAUGACAAGAGAAGCGUUUCAACUUUAUCCACAUCCCACCUUCUUCAUUCACAGAGCUGUGCUGGCUCUUUCACGCAAAAUGCACUGCCUGAGCAAACUUCAAAGAGCAAGCAUGGAGUACCUCACCACCAUAGGUCGAGAUGGAAGCAGUGGUGAAUGCUUGAGGGGUAUAAAACAGAUCUGCGCAGAUUUCGGUCACAGAGUGGAGCAGCGGUGGGAAACACCAAUCACGUAAAUAAACAACACUCAUGCAACUGGAUAAAGCUUCACUGGCUUACUGGCUUUGAAUCCACAAAAUGCAGAAAGCAACAUACUACGACAACUCUGGACUUUUUGGAGGCUACACCUACCCCAAACCAGACUCUUACAACUAUGGGCCCGCACACCAGUCCUAUCCUACUUCAAACAUAGACAGCGACUACCAGGGCUCAGUUUGUCCCAUUCAGACAGCUGCAGUCCGGCCACCAGCCCUAAAAGACAGUGACCUGAACGGAGACUGCAUGCGACAAAGCAGCAGUCAAAAUAACAACAACAACCAAGCGACUAGUAUUUCAGAGCAGCAGGCUCCUCCACUGUCUGCAUCUUCCCCUAGCUCCAACAGCUCUGCAUCUCAGAAGAAGAAAUCCCCAUCCAGCAGUGCUUCCAGCAGUGCCACACCAGCCCUCACCAAGCAGAUAUUCCCCUGGAUGAAGGAGACCCGACAGAACUCAAAGCAGAAGAACUCAAACAACUGUGCCACCGCAGGUGGUGAAGUGAGUGAUGAGAAAAGCCCACCGGGACCAGCGUCCAAACGGGUCAGAACUGCUUACACCAGCGCGCAACUUGUGGAGCUGGAGAAGGAGUUUCACUUUAACCGCUAUCUUUGUCGUCCUCGGAGGGUGGAAAUGGCAAAUCUGUUGAAUCUCACCGAGCGCCAAAUAAAGAUCUGGUUUCAAAACAGGAGGAUGAAAUACAAAAAGGACCAGAAGUCUAAAGGGCUGGCGCACUCCCCCCUGGGACAUUCCCCGGAUAGAAGCCCGCCGCUGAGUGGCCCAAAUCACAUUGGAUACUCUGGCCAGCUCCAAAAUGUGAACAGCCUCAGCUAUGACGCACCCUCACCCCCGUCCUUUGCCAAACCCCAGCAAAAUAUGUACGGCUUGGCCGCGUACACGGCACCCUUGGGUGGCUGCAUCCCACAACAGAAGAGAUACCCGGGCUCCGAGUACAAACACCACGGCAUGCAGAGCAACGGCAGCUUUGCCAACGCCAAUUUGCAAAGCAGCCCCGUUUACGUGGGUGGGAAUUUUGUUGAUUCCAUGCCAGCCUCGGGCCCCAUGUUCAACCUCGGCCAUCUUCCCCACCCCUCAUCCACCAGUGUGGACUACAGCUGUGCCGCACAGAUCCCAGGAAACCACCACCAUGGACCCUGUGAUCCCCAUCCCACAUACACAGACCUCACCUCUCACCAAGCGUCUCAGGGAAGGAUUCAGGAAGCGCCUAAACUGACGCAUUUGUAAUAUGUGGUUUCGCGUGUGUGCGUGUGCGUGCGCGUGUAUGUUUGCGUGUGUGUGUGCCAAGAUUAUGUUGCGCUCUUUUUUUAUUACCUCACUAGUCUAAUAACUACACUCCAAGCGAGUCGUGUGUAUUAUUACAGUAUUAUUGAUAUUACUAUUAAUGCUAUUGUGUAAUUAUUUUCUAAAUAAUACAGCUUUGUCCAUUUCUCUUGAAUAUUUGGGGAUGCGGAGAAGCAGAUAGCCCGGUUGUCAGUAGUUCUUUUUUUGUUCUUGUUUUUUCUCAAGUGCAAUGCGCAAUUGUUUUUUUUUUUCUUUUUGACUGAGUAUUUCAUGCCAUUACUUGAAGGUAAGUCUUGUAGAUCACAAAAAUAGAAGCGCAUCCUUAGCGAGAAGGAUUUUUAGGGAAGUUUUUCGUCUGUUUGUUAGGCUCUCAUUUCCCCCCGCGCACACCCCAAUUUAUUUAUUGUUUUGUAUUUUUCUUUUGAUUUGCAUAAUCUUUUGUACUAGCAUAUAGCCUAUUUAUUAUUUAAUUACUUUUGUAUUGCACAUUAUUUAUCGUUUAUAUGCGAGUAUUUAUACGUGUGGAGUUUGUUGUAAGAUUGGACAGAUCAGUGCACUUGGAAGUGUGGGCAAAACAGGGUUUGGAAAAUGCUAUGACUCGCAAUGUGUUGUUGGUAUAUAAAAAAGAGCAUUUCUAAUUGUAAAUCUGGGACAAAUGGGACAUUUUAUAGUGUAUAAACAUCACUAUAUGUCCAUGGUUAUUCUUGUGUCAAAUCUUAAGCAAAACGUAGACUAUCGAAGUAUCAAAUAUUAUACACACCAGCAUGUCAUUUUGUGUAGUCCAUUGCUAUUUUUUAUUUGUCUUCCAUUGUUAUUCCAUUCAGUUGGAUAUCCAUAAAUUUAUGAAACCCUAAUGAUAUUGAAAUGUUAUAUUUUAUUGUGUUCAACAUUUUGUAAAUAAAGUGCUUAAACUUC